UGCAACCUGUGGGAAAGGUUGCGCCUGCAAUUCACUUCUUUUCAUUGUCUCUCAACUUGGAUUUCUGGUAAUUACUGGCGCAUCUCUUGUUUGAUAUUGCCUUGUCUUCCAUUCCUUCACUCGUUGCCUCGUAAUUCAUCCAUGGCCACCGACACCCCCGAUGGCGAGCUUUAACCCGCAUCUCACCAACUUGCGCCCUCGAUGAUAUUGUUGUCGUGCCCUUGCCAGCUACCUGUGUUACCACUCGGGACUGACACAAUACUACUUCUGACCAAUCGCCAUAAUGCCUGCAUUCACAGCUCUCAACGUUGAGCCCGAAGAGAACAUCGACGAUGAGGUCGAUACCACCCGCGAGAUUCAUAUCGAAGAAGCCCUGAAGCGCUAUCAAACAGCAUUGAAACUCCAUGCUCAGGGCCCCAGACACUACCGAGAAGCCCAAGAAGCGUACCACUCGCUCUUCGAUUCAGAGAUCUUUCGCUAUCCUGAUGCCACUACCGAUUUCGAGCGCGCUGAGGAGCACGAUGAUCCUCGACAUAUCCAUGCCGACGCCCCCCUGGCACAUGCCUUCGAACUUGCACACGCCGAAGUUGGCGAGACUGGGAGCAGUUUGCCACAGGUUCUCUAUCUUGCAUACAAGAACCAUGGCCAAUUUCUGCUGGACGGCAUCAAACAUCAAGCAAAAGCCGACGGACAGGCAGUCUUCGAUCAAGACGACACUCUCCAGAAGGCCCGCAAAGCCUUGGAGAAUUUCGCCAUCGCUCUCGAUCACGAUCCCUCAGAUGCCGAUCUAUGGAGGCGGGCUGCACGGGUUGCCGCCUUUCUCGAGAGCACGAGAACCAGCAGGUACUGCCUGGAAGCCGCCAUUGAGCUGGACGACGAUCCCGCAGUGGAAGAGGUCGAACCGCCUUCCUUGGCAGAAGGCUUCGCGGGUGAACAACUCAAGGACCAGUUGGACGUUCUCGGCGAUCAUGUUGCCAAGUCGCACCCUAUUCUGGCUCCAUACUUCAAAAGAGACAUGCCUGCGGCUCUCAAGAAGUACCUGGAUCCUAUUUCCUAUCUUCCAAACCCGACAAAGUCGCUCGCCACACCUCAUGGCGGACCAUGGCCUGCCGUGCGCCAUGUUGUGCCAACACCGUUACCAGUCCUCGGGUCUUCUUGGGCAGAGCUGGGCAUGUCACUUGUGCACGCAUUGGCUGCGACGGGCGGGGGUGCCAAGGCCAUGCUGAUAGAGCUGCCCGGCAUUGCUGAGAGUCCAGUAGCCGCCGAGCAGGUACUUCUCGAGAGGUCCCGCCCAACAGAAGCUGCCGACGGUGCUACAUCUCAGGACGAAGUUGUUGACCCUGCGGCUCACACCUCUCCUCAGGAACAUGCCGUUGAAUCUCCUGUCGACACCAAAACUGAAGCGCCCAUGACAGUCGAGAAAACGGAGCGCAGCGAAUCCGUCCUUUCGAGAAAGAGGUCCCAUUCGGUUGCAGGCAUUCCUGAAGCUGAGGGUGAGGAGAUGGUAGAGAAGCGGAGCAAAAGGACCCGACGAAGAGAAACCGGCUUCGAAGAUACCACCGAUGCGCAAAUACACUACGCAACCCAACUGGAACCUUUUCAGGCCGCCGACAAGCACCUCUUUCAGACGACCAGGAACAUGGCGGAAACCCUCGGUGUGACCGACAGCGGGACACUGCAAUAUAUUGCCGAGAUGAUCGAGCUUUCUGGUCUGGAGACUAGGACGUCCAGGCUUACCCAGCCGCCCAUGAUAGACCUUCGGGAUGCCCUUCAGAACUUUGACGAAGACAUAGCGAGGAUUCUUUUGAGCAAACACGAGACAGCUUCUAUAGGCUUUUCAUCUUUUCUUGAGCAUGCCAAGCCUGGCACUCAACUCAAAACCGAAACGCUGCCAUUUGACGAGACAAAGAACUUGAAAUCUUUCGCCAAGUUAGCCAAUGGUCGCGGAAUGGGACUGGCAGACAUUGCGUUCGAAUGGGUCCGAUCUGUCGUUCAAACAUAUGCAGAGUCGAAGUGGUCAGAUCCGAUGAAGACAGCCGUGGUACAAGUUAUUAGCCACCUAGAUGAAGAAAUCUACAGUCGGACGGUUUACGAGAUUGAAGCUUGUACCCAGCAAGACGAUACCGACGAGUACCUAGAGUCUCUUGACCACAUGAUCCAGACCCUUUUCGAGCUUCACCUCGAUGUAUACGAAAGGAUCACCAACCCAAACAGUGCCGUUGAUUUCGGUAUCCGUGUCGAGGUCAAAGGGAGACUAGGCAGAUGGUUCUCUCUUGCAUCGCAAAUGAGCCGGGAUCGACCUACCACAUUCGACAAGUCCUUAUCGGUCAGGUUUCUGUGGGCAGCUGUAUUUGUCAUUACUCUCACUGAAGGGGUCACCCGAGAGCACGUGCUCCAGUGCUGGCAGAGCCUUCGUGAAGCCCUCGCGUCCGAGUUUGAGGGCGUCGCCUUGGCGUUGCCAAACAAUGCCAUCAUGCCAGAAAUCUCCAUAUUUGCUGCAGACCGAGAGAUUAGCAAGCUUACAACUAUGGACUUUUUCUUAGGCUUGUUCCAAGAUGAUCUAAGCGACCCCAUCGGAGUCAUCGACAGCCUGGAACCAGUGCUUAACCCUUCCGCUGUCUGUGCCAAGACAGACACACCACGAUCAUCUAGCUCACCUACCCCGAGCGAGCAAUUGAGAUCGGCUUCACCUGAACGUGAAGUGCCACAAUCAAAGCCAAUUACUGACACUGCUAGCCAAGGUCUGCUUGAUCUUUGGAAAUUCUUAUUGGGGGCUAGCACAGAACUGCGUCUUUUCCUAUGGAAUCGGCUUGGAGAAGCAUAUCAGGCCAUUCAGUACCCCACCAAGGUUUUCUCAUGCAAUCUGAAGGCUAUUGAGAUGGUUGUGAGCGAUUUCGAGCGCGAUCCUUACCUCAGCAUGCCGAUCGAAGACAGGAGACCUCUUUUCUUCAAGAUGUUGAAAUUCAUUGAUGAUCUGCUUGUCAAAUCUCUCUCAAUAGCGCUGAAUGAUACUAGCGCCUUUGAUAUUAUAGACGAUGGCCAUCUGCAAUCCAGUAUCGCAGCACUGGUCAAGCUCGCUUGUAUCUUGCAUACAGCCCCUAUGUUCGAAGACGAAGUACGUGUUGGAAUGACCUCCGCACCUUCUAACAAUGCGACUUUCUCGUCUUUUUUCAACAAGAUUCGAGAGUUGCAAGUUAGGAAUUGGUCACUGCUGUAUACUCUACUGAAAACUUGUAUACUGCAGGCCAACUCCGCUUUUGCCACCCCCGAAGCCGAUUUGGCUGAUUAUCUCGCCGCAGUGCAUCAGGUACUUGGUGUUAGGAAGUGUUGCAAGGCUUCAAACAAGAUUUUCCUCAAGAUGAUGCGGCUGGAAUUUCUCAAACAUAAUCUGAUUGAUAAUUGGGAAGACUACAUGGGGCAAGUGUUGUAUGAUCUCUACGGUCUCAAGGGCAUUGGCGUGUGGGAAGUGCAAGAUCAUGGAUGUGAGGCCGAGAAACUCGAGAGGCGCAACACGAUAAACCUGGUCGAGAAAGUUUCCGCACUGGCAAAUGGCAUGCCGAUGAAGGAUCUGCUCAAGUCGGACCUGAAAACGACCAUCGAAACUAUGCAACAAGCGAUUGGGCAGACCAAGAGUAACCAGCAGACUAUUCACAAUCUCAGGAACUUCACAGAGUUUUUGAGAAAGCCUAUUCAUCCACUCCGACUAUACCAGGCGUUGAAGGGCAAUGUCACCAUCGAUGCAGUCGCUGUCACAACCCCAGACAGUGUCCUGGCCAAUCAUCAGUGGUUUUUCCUUCUAGGCAUGAUUGCAUUCACCAAGUUCAAAGGAGUUGAUCUCAAUCGAAGACAAACUCCAGGCGCUACUGACGACCUACGCAUGGGUGCAACAUUCCUUAGGCAACAACUGCAGUUCACACCAGAUCAGUGGAAUGCCUGGUUCAGAUUGGCCGAGUGCUUCGACUACGAGCUGGAUGAAUCUGUUCUGUGGUCGGCCGACAAGAUGAACAAAGAACGAGCGGAAUUAGUGAAAUACCAGCGGAAUGCUAUUCACUGUUAUGCCCUGGCGCUGUCAAACUCCCGGCGAGCUGGGCCCGACUUUGACGGAGAUGCACUGGAGGCGAUCCAUGAAUUAUACCACAAGUUCGCCAUGCGCAUGUACGCAUCGAGUCGUAAACCGUUUGAGAUGGAGCCGUUCGAGCAUGCCGAUCAAGAACGGUUCUUUAUACAAAACAUGGGAGCUGGAACGUUCAAGCGCAAGAUACACGAAGAGAUGGAAGACUACAAGGUCUGGAAGUACGCUGCAACAUUGUUUAAGAAAGCCAUGGCGGUCAAACCCAAGUACUGGAAGAACUCCUACAUGUACGCGAAAUGCAUUUGGAAGAUGUACAACAAGACGUACACGUCGCUUGAUCACAAAGAUAGGCAAAAUCGUCCAAUGAUUGAGGAUGUUGUAUCAGCUUUGGAGAAGUCUGUCGAGGUUGUGGCUGCGUUGCCGAAACCACGGUCUGGCGAAUACAUUCUGGAGCCACACUACAAAAUCAUUUCUGUUGUGCAUAAACUUGUCAUCUGCGGCCAUUUGCAACCACAUGAGGGUGCAGACAUUCUGCAACGACAACCAUUCGCUACCAGGAAAGGAUCAGAAGUAGAAGUGAAAACACUUCAAGAAUGGGGACCGUAUGUCAUCGAGUCCUUGCAGCAUAUACGUGAAAAGGAUAAGUCCAACUGGCAGCAUCGCAUAAUCAUGCGCCACGCCAGAAUUCUAUUCGAUGAGACCGCAGAGGAACCCGAUCAUACUCAAGCAACGGCAGCCUUCAGUGUCCUCCAGAAGUCCAUGUUCACGAAGACCAUGGUAAUGAAUGUAUGGAAGUGCGAUGCCGAACGACCCGGCCGCCAUCACGUUUAUACGGAACAAUACGUGCGAUUCAUGGUCAAAAUCCUAAUUGUACUCAAGGAUCGGGUUAAUUUUGAGAGUCUGCUACGACGUAUACGCAAGAAGGGUGCAGACUUUUAUCACUUCAACGAUCUUUGGCAGACAUGCUGCGUGUCAUAUCUUCGGCUGAUACGUGCUCAUUUCGAGAUCGAGCCCGUCCUUGAGGAUGUGUAUAAGAAUGUGUCGCUGGAGGAGUUCGAGAUUGUUUCGGAGCGCAUCAAUGAGUGGUCAAUUGAUUCUGCAGCUGGCGAAACCUCUGCACUAGGCGGUCUCAAGGAGGCUAUUGAACUGAAGAAGCUCAACUCCGGUCUCAUGAAGGCUGGAGCUAUAGAUGAUCUCAUCACGGACUGUUACACCGCCCUCUACAUGCAGAUUGGGAAGUCAUUACCCGGCCCUUCGCCCGAAUCACUUAUACAGGAGCGUGCAGAAGCCAAAGCGCGUGACGAAGAAAAACAAAUGCGAGAUAGCCCUGAAAAGCCCGGCAAUUCUUUCAGCAUGCUGCUAAAUCCACAAUCUGAGGCCAACUCUGGCACCGAGGCUGGACCUGCAGCUCCAGCUCAAGAAGGAGUGGUUCGUCAACGCCGUAUCGGGAUCAGGAAGCCCGAUCUUCUGCGUAAGGCGGAACAGGCUGUAACACGCAGCAUCGAUGGACCAAGCAAAGCUAUCGGCUCCAAGUCGCUGCGAGGGUCCGUCUCUAGUGGAAGAACGAGAGGCAGCAAGACACCGGUUGGGGAGGAUGGCAGGGAUGGCGACGCGGAGAUGGGCGAGGGCGCCGGCGAUGAUAGCAGUGCACCUGGUAGUAUACAUGACUCUGCGGACGACGAAAGCGACCUCAGCGAUGUUCCGGCUUCCGAGUUACUGGACGAAGAGGAGGCUGCGCUCAUGUUUCCUGGCCUGGCCAGACGCAGUGUCGAUCAAGAACUUGAAGAGGAAGAUCACGAUGAGAGUGGAGAGGAAGGCGGAGAUGAACAAGACGAGUCAGAUCUGGAGGAAGAGGAAGAACUAGAGGAUGGUGAGAAUGAAGGCGACGAGACCAUCGAGCACGAAGAAGAAGAAUUGGUCGACAACGAGGAUGGCGAGCCAGAAGAAGACGACAUUAUGGACGACACAGAAGUCGUCGGCGACCAUGAUCAAGUCGAGGAAGGUGUCAAACACGAGGGUGAGCUACAAGAUGCAGAUGAUUUGGACAUGGACGAAGAAGAAGAGGAACAAGAAGAGGAGGAGCAAGACGAAGAGGAGCAAGAAGAGGAGGAGGAAGGAGGAAGAGGAGGAGGAUGAAGAGGAGGAGGGCGAAGAGGUCAUUGGGGAUGCUAUCGAAGCCGAACCUCUUCGGCGGUAGCUUGAGCGAUGAAGUUAACCCCAGUAUACCCGGCCUCAAGUACUUAAAUGAUUUGCUAGCAGCGUAGCGUUCAAUAUGGCGCCCAUGAAUCGAAGCAUUCAGAACUUCGGAUUUACUUUACA